AUGUUCAUGUUUGAUGUAGCCAAUAGUGGGAUCCACUCAGAUUCUCUCUACGCCUCGCUCAUCGAUAGCUCCACUCAUAAACCUCACCUUAGGCAAAUUCACGCACGUUUAUUCGUAUUAGGUUUACAGUUCAGUGGUUUCUUGAUCACCAAGCUCAUCCACGCAAGCUCAUCCUUUGGUGACAUUUGCUUCGCACGCAAGGUGUUCGACGAAUUGCCUCUCCCUCAGAUAUUCCCUUGGAAUGCUAUUAUAACAGGCUAUUCAAGAAACAAUCUCUUCCAAGAUGCGCUUCUCAUGUAUUCAAAGAUGCAACUCGCUCGUGUCUCUCCUGAUUCCUUCACUUUCCCUCAUCUUCUCAAAGCUUGCAGCGGUUUGUCUUAUCUUCAGAUGGGUCGGCUUGUGCAUGCUCAGGUGUUUAGGCUUGGAUUCGAAGCUGAUGGGUUUGUUCAGAACGGUCUCAUUGCGUUGUACGCGAAAUGCAGGCGUAUGGGGAGUGCAAGAGCUGUGUUUGAAGGACUGCCAAUGUCUGAGAGAACGGUGGUCUCAUGGACGGCUAUUGUUUCAGCUUGUGCUCAGAACGGUGAGCCUGUGGAGGCGUUAGAGAUUUUCAGUCAGAUGAGGAAGAUGGAUGUGAAGCCUGAUUGGAUAGCUUUGGUAAGCGUUCUCAAUGCUUUCACGUGUUUGCAAGAUUUGGAGCAAGGGAGAGCUGUUCAUGGUUCGGUUGUGAAGAUGGGUCUUGAAACAGAGCCUGAUUUGCUCAUCUCUCUCAACACCAUGUAUGCAAAAUGUGGCCAAGUCGAAAUUGCAAAGAUUUUGUUUGGUAAGAUGAAGUCACCAAACUUGAUUUUGUGGAACGCAAUGAUCUCUGGAUAUGCGAAAAACGGUUAUGCUAAAGACGCUAUUGAUACGUUUCAUGAGAUGAUUAAUAAAGGUGUGAAACCUGACACCAUCUCUAUAACAUCUGCUAUUUCCGCCUGUGCUCAAGUUGGUUCUCUUGAGCAGGCUCGCUGGAUGGACGAAUAUGUAGCCAGGAGUGAUUAUAGGGAUGACGUUUUUAUCAGCAGCGCCCUUAUCGAUAUGUUUGCUAAAUGUGGAAGUGUAGAGUGCGCAAGAUCAGUUUUCGACAGAACAUUAGAUAGAGAUGUUGUGGUGUGGAGUGCUAUGAUUGUUGGGUAUGGACUUCACGGACGAGCAAGAGAAGCAAUCAGUCUAUACCGUGCAAUGGAGCGUGGUGGAGUGCAACCCAAUGACGUCACUUUCCUGGGGCUUCUCAUGGCUUGUAACCACUCAGGGUUGGUAAGAGAAGGCUGGUGGUUCUUUAACAGGAUGACAGACCACAAGAUUAACCCGCAGCAGCAACACUUUGCAUGCGUCAUUGAUCUUCUUGGACGUGCUGGUCAUCUUGAUCAAGCUUAUGAGGUGAUCAAAUGCAUGCCGAUUCAGCCAGGUGUAACGGUUUGGGGAGCGCUCUUAAGCGCUUGCAAGAAGCAUAGGCACGUGAGUUUGGGAGAAUACGCAGCUCAACAACUUUUCUUGAUAGACCCAACCAACACAGGCCAUUACGUGCAGCUCUCUAAUCUGUAUGCUGCAGCUCGUUUAUGGGACCGCGUUGCAGAGGUGCGGGUGAUAAUGAAGGAGAAGGGACUGAGUAAAGACGUUGGAUGCAGCUGGGUUGAAGUAAGGGGAAGGUUGGAGGCGUUUCGAGUUGGUGAUAAGUCACAUCCAAGAUAUGAAGAGAUUGAGAGACAAGUAGAGUGGAUUGAGAAUAAACUGAAGGAAAGUGGAUUUGUGGCGUACAAGGAUGCUUCGUUGCACGAUCUAAACGAUGAAGAAGCUGAGGAGACUCUGUGCAGUCAUAGCGAGAGGAUAGCGAUUGCAUAUGGACUUAUAUGUACACCCCAAGGGACUACACUGCGGAUCACAAAGAAUCUGAGAGCUUGUGUGAACUGUCACGCUGCUACAAAAGUUAUCUCGAAGCUUGUAGGUAGAGAGAUUGUUGUGAGAGACACCAAUCGGUUCCACCAUUUCAAGGAUGGAGUUUGUUCGUGCGGUGAUUAUUGGUAA